UCAGUUUUAUUCAACCGAUUAACCAGCAAAGAUGUCCUCCAACAAGUGCGGAAUUGUGCUCCUCAUCGCCUGCUGUCUGAUGUCUCUGGUGACGGCCUAUCCCCAGCCAUAUCCUGAGGAAUCCCAGUUGGCGGAACAGGAGGAGCUCCUCGAGGCGGGUCCUUUGGUCCGGCGAGUUCGAUCGCCCGAGGGUGGGUCCGUGGUCAUCACCGCCAGCAAGGACAACCAAGUGGGCCGGGAGGCCAGUAUUCAGUACAACCACAAUCUGUUCUCAAGCCGCGAUGGGCGUGGCACCAUCGACGCCUACGCCCAGGCCAGCCGCAAUUUCGACUUCAAUCGCAACGACUACGGCGGCGGCAUUCGGGGCACCUGGCAUUUCUGAGCAAGAACACUAGUAUUAAAUUGGUUACAAAAUGAUUCACGUGAAUAAAUAAAAGUGUUUACCCAAGCAAA